CCUCCUCCCUGAAUCACUGAAAGGCCCAUUUCAAUGACCUUUGACAGCCAGUUGUUGAGGGCUGUUGUGAGGACUUUGAACACACACAACUCUGUUCAUCGACAGAGGAAUUUCAACAACCCAGCCAGAUAAGCCCGAAGCAAGGGACAGCUUUUACAGGCAUUCAAAGCACAGAGAAGGGGUUGUUUUUUUUCUCCUCAUUUUGAAUUACUUAUAACCGCAUUUCGUCUGCAGGAACUUUCCCCAGGUCCAAAGAACCUUUUGAGGAGUUCCUCUACCUCCUCAGUUACUCUACCUGCCUUUCUACUGGAGAGACCAAAAAGGCCCUGCUGGGUGGAUUAGUACUUUUCAAAAGUACAGGAACUUUGGGAGCAGGGUUUGCAGGGAUGACCGUCGCUGAUUGGUCAAACACACACAGGUUGGCUGCUUCAACUUGUGUAUUGCUUCAUUCAUAAAACAACGAUCUUAUUUAGGACCAGUUUAGGAUAAAGGGAUAACAUUUCUCUUUGUUUGAUAACGUUAAAAAUAAAGUUAGGCUUUGCUGACUCAUUUUAUAAGAGACAAGAGAAAAAGAGAGAUAGUGCGAGCGAGAGAGAGACAGCGUUGUUGUCUCUGUGCUGGUGUGAGCUGUAGACACAGAGGCAAAGAGAACAAUGUGGAAAGCAGCAGUGUUUGUGUUCCUGCUGCUAAACAUGGAUAUGGAGGUCGAUGGUGCUGUAGAUAAGUUGAGGGGAUCUGUGGCAGGAAAGGCUGACAGCAGUCCUGCAAGUCACACUGGUUCUUCACCUUUCUCGGGCAACUUGUUGGUGGUACCUAUGGAUGGGAGUCACUGGGUUGGUAUGAAGGCCAUUGCUCAAGAAAUGGGUCGUCGUGGACACCGGGUCACCGUGGUGAUACCGGAGAUCAGCAUACGGAUGGGCCCGGGGGAACACUAUGACACUCUGACCUAUCCUGUUCCAUAUGACCAGGCCUUCAUUGAUUCUGUGUUGUCCACACACAAGGACAUCAUGCAAAAAUCUAAACAGUCUUUCAUAGAGAAGAUAAGGACACGAUUUUCACAGAUCCAGAGAAUCACAGGCAUAAUCCACACCACUGCAGAGAGCCUGCUGUUCAAUGCCAGUCUCAUCUCACAUCUGGCACAGCAGGGCUUCGAUGCCGUCUUGACAGAUCCCAUGGUGCCCACAGGCUCACUGAUAGCUCGGAAGUUAGGUCUUCCCACUGUUAAUUUGCUGAGGGGCAUUCCAUUUUCCUUGGAUAUGGUAUCUGCAGGCGUCCCCUCUCUGCCCUCAUACGUGCCUCGCUUCACCACCACGUACACAGAUAGAAUGAGCUUUAAGCAGAGGGUUUUCAACACUUUGGUGGCUGCACUGGAGCCACUGUUGUGCCGCCUGGUGUAUUGGCACUUUGACCAAAUAGCCUAUCAGUUCCUGGGAGAGGAGGUGGGCAUAGCUGAAGUGCUGUCAGACUCUGAUAUCUGGCUGCUGAGGCUUGACUUCACACUGGAGUUCCCGCGCCCCCUAAUGCCUAAUGUAGUACUAGUUGGUGGCAUCAACUGCAAUGUGAGAAAUCCUCUGCCUGAGGAUUUGGAUUCCUGGGUGUCAGGAGAGCAUGGGUUUGUAGUGUUUACUCUGGGUACCAUGGUGUCGGAUCUACCAGAAGUGACAACAUCUGCCUUCCUGGAAGCCUUCAGACAGAUUCCACAGAAAGUGAUAUGGAGAUACACCGGGCUUGUUCCCAACAACGUACCAGAAAAUGUCAAGAUGAUGAAAUGGGUGCCUCAGAAUGACCUACUAGCACAUCCUGGAGCUCGAGCUUUCAUCACGCACGCCGGGUCACAUGGCCUCUUUGAGGCACUGUGUCACGCCGUUCCCAUGGUGAUGGUGCCACUUGGCGGGGAACAGCCUGACAAUGCGCCAAAGUUGGCGAGCAGAGGAGUAGGAGUCAUUCUGGAUAUCUCUUCUGUCACUACAGAAACCCUCCUCUGGGGGCUGAAUGAGGUCAUCAAUGACACCAGGUAUAAAGAGAAUGUGCAGAAGCUGUCAACUCUUCAUAAAGACCGGCCAGUUGACCCACUUGACCUCUCAGUGUACUGGACAGAAUUUGUAAUGCGGCACAAAGGAGCGAAACAUCUCAGAUCUGCUGUCCAUGACCUCAACUGGUUCCAGUACUUCUCCUUGGAUGUAAUAGCACUGCUGGCGACUGUAGUGCUGGUUUUUGUAAUACUGACAGUAAAAUGCUUGAAACUAUGCCUGCGGAAACUGAGCAGGAAGAGGAAACGAGACUAACCUGGUGUCAGGAAGAUGAAUUAAAUGACUACAUCUCUGUUUGUUAAGGGAUUUUUUUAAAAACAAAGUAUUAUCAUUUAAAUACCAAUUC